CCGGGCCUGGAGCUCUGCGCGCCUUCAGGAGGGAAACGCGGAGAAAAAGGAGCUCGGAACCACAGAUUAAGUGUUGUGGUGCUGAUGGGAGGCGGGAUGGCGGAGAGCGCGUGGUUCGGGGCCCGGUUCGGGCUCUGACCCGGUCCACUCCGCGCGCUGCUGCGGGGCUUUAAAGUUUUGCGGAUGUUGAAUAUGCAGAAGGACGACCAACCAUCUCAAGAGAAGUUCUAUGAUGAAGUUGGAUCUCUGAUGUCCCAGCACAAACAUCCUAAAAACUGCUCGUACAUAUGAAACGAUGUUCCAUGGAAAGGAGCAGUUGAACAGCCACCUACAGACCCAUGACUCCAACAAGCAAGAACUGCAGUGUGAAGAGUGUGGCAAACACUACAACACUCGGCUGGGUCUGAGACGCCACGUGGCUACCCACGCCACCUCCGUGACCGGAGAUCUUACCUGCAAGGUGUGCCGUCAGGUUUUUGAAAGCAUGCCGACUCUUCUCGAGCACCUGAGCACUCAUACCGGCCGACCUCCACCAGGCGGCGCUGUGCGGGAGCGAAAGCACCAGUGCGAGCGCUGUGGUCGGCGCUUCUUCACUCGAAAGGACGUGAGGCGUCACGCCGUGGUGCACACAGGCAGAAGGGACUUCCUGUGCCCUCGCUGUGCUCAGCGCUUUGGCCGACGUGACCACCUUACACGCCACCUGAAGAAGAGUCAUGCCCAGGACUUGGACGUCCUCACAUCUGCACCCUCCAGUGCAGUCAAGGAAGAACCAAGUGUGAGUGUGUGCACCUCGGGAUCCCCUAAGGAUGCCUCUGAAGCCUUUUCGAUGGGUAUGUUCAAUCCUCAAGGUCUGCAGAGCGCCUCUACCUCUGGGGUCAGUCACCAUCAUUCUGUGGUGCCUGGGUCCCUAUCCAGCCCGAUGGGUGUGGGCUGCUAUUUUGAGCCAAGCAAGCACCAGCCCCAACAGUACCACGAGGCUCAGCGAUACCAACCUGCAUCCGCUACCUCAUAUCUGAAAGCUGAGAUGGAGAACUUCCUGAAUGAGCUCCAGUGUGGCCCGAUGCCACCUCAGGCUACAGUCGCGACCUCUGCGUCCAGACCAAGCGAUCUUCUUCCUGAUAGCCUGGGAGGUCAGAGUGCCCACUUCACCCUCAGGAACUCCUUCACCACAGCCGAGCCUUCACCCACUGCUGCUAACGUGGACCUGUCACCACUGCUGGGCUUCCUGCCGUUCGGCCUGCCACCGUACAGUGCCCCUUUGAGUUCAGGAGGCCUUAUAAUGGGGUACUCUACCACUACCGCAGAUUGCUCGCCGACUCCUACCUCUCAGCUCUCUGGGCCACUCGCCUCGUUUCAGCCGCAGCCACUGCACGAGCCUCAGGCCUUGGGGCAUUUAAAUCAGCCUCCUGGUUUCUCUCCUACUCUACCUCGAUUCCAUCAGGCCUUCCAGCAGUGAUGUUCCUUCUUAAACUCAGUCACAGGUAUUCUUGCCAAAUGGCAUACACGUAAAGCGAAGCACUCGGUGGACUUCGAUUGAAGGCUCUUAUUUUACUACUCAAUAAAUUCUCUAGAAUAAAUACAGU